GUCGUCGUCGCCGCCGCCGCCGUUGAGUGCGCUCCGCGCGGCAUACGCUUCAGUUUCUUCUCGACGUUCGCGUUGUACGCUCGUUGGUUUGGUUUAGUGUCUGUUCAAUACGGAUUAUUUACGUGCGCUAAACGAUUUCAGUCAAACGGUACGUUCCGCCGCGCAACAAAUACAUAUAGAGCGUGAAGCCUUUUUUGGAAUAUUACGCGCGCGUUUCGUAUUCAAGCAGCAAAAAGUGACUCGCGAAUAAUAAAAAUUAACGCAAAUAAAAUAUUAAAAUUUCUAAGCGAAAAGCAGUUGGUUUUGCUCACAUUGUGGGCUGGCGCUGCGCCAAAAAAGAGCUGUCAAUGUUACUGUUAGCCGCCUCUGACAGUUGACACAUUAUCUGCAGGUGAUAUCGCGCGCUGUGCGCUUCAAGUGACGAAGAUUGUUUAACAAAAGGUGCCGAAAAAUUUACGAAAAAGUGUUGCAGCUACCCAAUAAGAUUGGCAUGAAGGCUGAGAAUAUCUCAAAGCUUUGAUGUGACAGCGCGUGAACACUAACAACUGCACAUAACUGUCAAUAAUAAAUUAUAGUAAAGUUAUAUGCUGACAGUUCAAAGCACAAAUAUUUUCAACAUUAAAAAAAAUGUAGAAACGCAGUUUAUAAUUCCUUCACAGAACUACCUUGCAACCAAUAAGCCGCUUUUUAUCGCGACCAGCGCUAACUAUUUUUAAGACUUAUCAGCAUAUGCGCGCACGCCUACAAUCGCGGCGCGUCCAUCACAACUGUCAAGUGCCAAAAGUGAAUUUCACACCGACAAAAGGCUCGAAGCCUUGCGAAGAUAAGACAACCGCGAUACCGGGAAACAUCAACACUGCAUACGCAGCAACUGGCGCACACGAUAACAGCCUGCCUGCCUGUCUAUCACGUCCGCCUUGAGCCUUUGCUUCCGCGUCUAUAUAGGUGCGUGUAUGUAGAGCGGCGCGUGGACGAAAGUGCAAGUGUAUCCAGUGAAAUUAACUAAAGUGUCUGUGCGCGCGUGCGUGCGGCUGUUUGUGUGUGAUUGCGCGCGUUCAGGCGGUCGUAAAAAGGCCUGCAGCAGCCAAAAGUCAAGUCAUUAUUAAACCCUUUUUUCGUGCAUAUAGAACAGCAUCCGCGGCGCCUACGACACCGCCCCGCCUCCUCAUGCUCACGCGUACUAAUUAACACCAUUAAAUAAAGCCUUUGUCGUCGUUAUUGUCGCCGCAGUCGCGUGUGCUUGUUAUUAUAAUUGUUGGGGUAAAGUAAACAUUGCAUGUAUAUAUAUGUGUGUUUUUAAGUUGCAGUAGCAGCUGUUGCUUCAACACUUCUAUUUACACUUGUUACAAGUUGAAGUGUGUCGGUGGUGUGCCGCCGCAAAAAAAAACAAAAAUAACAACACACAUUCAUGGUCAGCGCUGUCAACGAGUUUCGCUUAAUUAGCGUAUACUUGGCUCAUCGCCUAAAAGUAGACUAUUAAUUGCGUGCAUUAGCGCGUCAACCCGAGCGCACGUCCUGCGCGGUUGCAUACAGCGUCGACUGUGGCCUCUACAAAAUUUACAACAAAUUCAAGGCGGCAACAACAACAACGUGCUUCUGUGGCAAAUACACUGCUUCUCAGUUGUAUAUAUAUGCUUGUGUGUGUGUGUGAGUUUACCUUUGUUCCCAAAGUGUUUCAUGUGCAUCGCCGUCGGCAACAACAACAUAGCCAUUUACUUACAGUUAACUAAGUUACAGUGUCGAUUACAGCCACAACAGGCGUAACGACAAGAGUGACAAGUGCAUUAAGCUUCAACAACAACAACAACGGCAUAAUAAGUGUCAGCAGUAGCAACAACAAGCAAGUGUAACAAGUAUCGCACGGCAAAUUUGCCUUGCCACAGCGGCGGCGUGUUAAGCGAAAGCUACAAAAUUCUAACCGAAUUAUCGAAAACGCCCCUUAGGGCUGUCGCGCUGGCGUCAUUUCUGGGCGACGGUUUUGCCGCGCUCGGUUCAAGAACACCAUCGGUUAAGGAUCUAAUGGCGUUCGGAUCGGUAUUACACAAUAAUCAACAUAGUAUCGGACGCAGUGAACCGCCCGUUGGUGUUGGUGAUCCGUGUGCGGGUUGCAAUAAACCAAUAUUAGAUAAAUUUUUAUUAAAUGUCCUUGAACGCGGAUGGCAUGCAUCCUGCGUACGUUGCUGUGAAUGCCUUCAACCGUUAACGGAAAAAUGCUUUAGUAGAGAAUCGAAAUUAUAUUGUAGGAAUGAUUUUUUUAGGCGCUAUGGCACAAAAUGCAGUGGCUGCGGUCAAGGCAUCGCUCCCUCCGAUCUCGUACGUAAGCCGCGCGACAAAGUAUUCCACCUCAACUGCUUUACAUGUUGCAUCUGCCGCAAACAGCUCAGCACUGGCGAACAACUCUAUGUGCUGGACGACAAUAAAUUCAUCUGCAAGGAUGAUUAUCUGCUGGGUAAAGCGCCUGGUUGUGGGCAUAAUUCACUGAGCGAUUCAUUAAUGGGUUCCGCGAGCGAAGACGAAGACGACGAUGAUCCACCACAUUUGCGCGGGCCACCACUCGGCCUCGGCGUAUUGGGACCGAACGGGCCCGACUCAGCGGGUGGACCAUUGGGAGCAUCCGAUAUCUCAGUACAAAGUAUGAGCACGGAUAGUAAAAACACGCAUGACGAUUCCGAUCAGGGUUCCUUAGAUGGCGAUCCUGACGGUCGUGGUGAUUCGCAGGCGGAGAACAAGAGUCCUGACGAUGCGAACGGCUCGAAGCGACGCGGCCCGCGAACGACGAUAAAAGCCAAACAACUGGAAGUACUGAAAACGGCAUUUAAUCAAACACCGAAACCGACACGGCAUAUUAGGGAACAAUUGGCCAAGGAGACGGGGUUGCCGAUGCGUGUGAUACAGGUUUGGUUCCAGAACAAACGUUCCAAGGAGCGACGCAUGAAACAAAUCACCAGCAUGGGACGUCCACCGUUCUUUGGCGGUGCGCGUAAAAUGCGCGGCUUCCCCAUGAAUCUCUCACCUGGUGGUCUCGACGAUGGUCCUGGUUUCCCUUAUUUCGCUGCUGAUGGCAAAUUCGAAUUUGGCUAUGGUGGUCCACCGUUUCAUCCGCAUGACGGGCCAUUCUUUCCAGGACAUCCGGGUGGACCAAUGCCAUUCAAUACACCAGGUAGGUUUUGCGGACCCAUGGAUCACAGCGGCCCCAUACCGAUGGUAAAUGAAUUUGGUCUCACACCCGAAUCGCAAUUCCUCAGUCAAGCUGGUGGCCCACCGAUGAGCAUACAAUCGGCUGGGGGGCCACCGCCACCACCUGAACACCUACUGGCUGCGCAACAACAAGCACAACAACAGCAAGUGCAACAGCAACAACAACAGCAAGCACAACAAUCGAAUGGCCCGCGCUCAGCAUCACCGGAAUUCAUGACAGCGGCGAACUUCAGCGAACCAUCGAAUAUGCAAAACGAAGGACUGGUUUGGUAAUAUACAAAACAAUUGGCCAAUCGCCUGCUGCUGCUGAAGACCUUGAGCGCACAACAGCAACACCAACACCAGCAACAACAACAACAGCAACACCAUGCGCAAUUGCAAUUACAGUCGCCGGCAGCGCAGCCGUCACCAGCCGCUCUGCUGCCAACACCAUCAACAGCUGCUGCAAGCACUACAACAACAGCAGUGACGCCAGCAGAAACGAUGGCGGCGAUCUUGCUAGCGAAUGAACCGCAAGUGGAGCAACAACAACAACAGCAACUGCAGCUGAAGCAAGAAGUUUUGCCGCCAGAACAAUUGGAGCUGUUGGAACAAUGGUGAUGCACACGCUGGCAACUAAACGCGACGCAACCACAGAAAACAAAACAAAAUGGCGGCGCAUUACCCUCUAGCACAUAUAUAGAUGCUUGCUUUCUAGCAAAAUUGCUGCAAUGUAAAUUUUAUUGAAUGUAAAAAGUGGUAAAAAAUCAAAAAUAAUCGGCGUAUCCACACAUGUAAACGCAGCUCAGAGUGACUUGGAUUUGGCAGCUAGAUAAUAUAUGUUGCACACACAUACCAUACAUGGUGUAGAAAAGCAGCGCGCGAGAAAAGCCAGCCGAAAAAUGGCCAAAAAUAAAUUUAAUUUAUUUUCUAUAAGAAAGCACAAAAAUAAAAAGCGCGCAGUAAAAUUAAUAGAUAUACAAGAACAACUACACAAACAGCUCUUUACCCUCACAACCACACACACAUAAGCAUCUAAGCUAAGCCUAUUUGUAUUUUGUGUAUAAAAAAAAAACAAAACAAACUUUCGAUAAACCCGAAACAUAAAUUUGUGGCACUAACAAAAACAAAAAAAGCAAAAAUCAAGCAGUUAAUUAAAUAUAUAUAAAUAUAUUUAAAUAAAAUUAGUAAAUAUGUAAAAUCCAAACAAACCAGAAUCCACUUUGAAUGUGCAACAAAAGAAAUUUUUGCUAAAAUGUACCACAAAACAAAAACAAAAACAAUACUUUGCCCCCAAUUUGAGUUGUUAGUGCUUUUAUAUAUAAAUUUUACUUUUUUCAUUGUUUCUCCCCCUUUUUCUAAAAAAAAAAAUUGUUGUCAAACAACGCACCGCACUUUGUAUAAACUUCCUCCCCCACCCCUAACUAGUUUCAAUUUUAUAUGAAUGUUUGUAUGUAUGUAUGUAUGCAAUUUUUAUGCUUUCCCACUGCACAACUUCCUUUUGCGUUUCAGUUGAGUAUCUUAUUUAUCUAUGUAGUUGUAAGCUGUAUAAUUUAUUGCUAAUAGAGAAACCUAUGUAAUAUUAAAUAUACAAAAACAUAUAUGUAAAAUGCUGAUAUUAAUAUAGAAGAAGAAAAAACCAGGAAGAAUAUAACAAAAAAAAAACAAAAAAGCAACUAGUGAAACGAGCAAGGCCCACUAAGAAGAAGUAUGAAAUGGAAAAUUUAUUAUUA